UCAUGUGCCAGGAUAGGCGGUGCUAAAGGCAGAUUAACUUUGUUCCUCUUGUAAAUAAUCUUACAAGGAGCUUUUAACGAUACAACAGGCUGCUGGGUGUAUUUUUAGAAUUAGCUUUUUUUUUUUUUAUCUCCACGGUCUGGUGUUUUUUAAAAAAAGAUGUCGCGAUUGGUUUUCUCUAGGAGCCUAUCGUUGACAACACGAAGAACCAAAACAGCGGUAUAUUAUUAUAUUCGCGUAAACGUUUGUGCUGUAAAUGGGAGUCCGAAGGUAGUGUGUUGACUGACUGUGAUGUGAAGACACAGGUUAUUAAGGACUUGAUGGACUACAGAGAUGACCAGUCAAUGCAGAAGCAUUAAAAGACAAGAACAUGCAGAAAAUUGAACAUCUCAAAGGAAUAUCCCCAUGAUUCUUGUAUUUGUAUGUUCCUAUAAUGCAUGGGCCCUUUCUAAUAUGCAGAAGCUCAUGUUUUAAUCUGGUGUCAUAAUGAGUUCGGUCUUAUGGAGUCAAGACAAGAUGAACACAGCCUUCCGGGAGGAUCCUCGCUACUACAUACUGGUGCAGGAAUGCAUGGUGGAGAAGCCGCCUCAGAAGUACUUGAAGAUCCCCAGGGGGAGCAUAGGACAGUCGUGCCAAGAGCGUUCAUCCCUGGGCCGCCCCAUUCCAGCCAACAAAGGCAAGAAGAGUUUGAGGAUCCUGGAGCAGCCCAGCGUGGUCCUCAGCUUCGAUGAGAAGGACAUUGCUGACAUUGAUGAGAAGCUUUCUGAGUUGCUGUUGGCGAUUACGAACUGUGAAGAGCGCUACUGCCUCUUCAAGAACAAGCCCAGGCUUGAACAGCUACGGGAAAUAGACUGUGGUUCAAAAGUCCGAGUUCAGCUCCGGUCUGGGGAUGACAAACUGCCAGGGGUGGUGAGGUUCAAAGGGCCUCUGAUGCCUGAACGGACACUAUCAGGAAUCUGGUUUGGGGUAGAGUUAUUGGAGGAAGGGAGGGGCCACGGCUUUACCGAUGGCUCCUACCAAGGCAAGCAGCUCUUCCGCUGCGAGGAUGAGUGUGGGGUCUUCGUGGCCCUGGACAAGCUGGAGCUGUGGGAGGAGGAGGAGGAGGAGGAGGAGGAAGAGGAGGAGGAAGAUGAAGAAGAAGACGACCUGGAGACGGACCAUUCUGCACUGGUGGACCCCCGAGACAGUGACUGGAGAGCAGUGCCACUGGAGAUCAACUCCAGAGUGAUCGUGAAGCACGGAGAGGGAGUGGAGCACGGGACUGUCAUAUUCUGUGACCUUCUGCCUGGGAAUGAAGCUUUAGGCUUCUAUGUUGGAGUGGACAUGGACAAGCCUAUCGGUGACUGGGAUGGAGUGAUAAAUAAUAAACUGCUGUGUAGUUUCGCAAGCGUAGAACACACUCGUCUUGUGCAUAUUGCUGAUGUGAUACCAGAGUUCCCCAUGCAGGACCAGAGACUCCAGAAGCACAUCUUUGCAUCAAGAGGGGUAGGAGAGAAGAGCUUGUCCAAUCAGAGCAAGCCCAAAUCUAAAGGAAUUACUUCCCAGUCUGGAAGUAGAAGCAGAUCUGCAUUUUAUUACACUUUAAAUGGCAGCACUAUUGAUCACCAGCCCCAAUCCAAAUCAAAAAGCACAUGGUACAUUGAUGAAGUUGGAGAAGAUCCUGCAAAGUCCCUCCUGGACACCUCCUCUGGGUUCAGCCAGACCUCUCCUCCCUCCCGGGCUCCCCCCACUCCAUCACUGUCCGGCGAGAGCAAGUUCCACUCGCUGCCCUUCAACCUGACCAACAAGAGUGGCCCCAACGGCAGCGUCAGCCCCACGCCGCUCUCCCUUUCCGUGCAGUCUGUCAUCGGGGAUGUCCACGAGCCCCCAGCCCUCGCAGUGCCUCUCCGGAACCAUUACGGCCUGGAGGUGGGGUCCCUGGUGGAGGUGAAGGAGAACCCACCUCUCUACGGAGUGAUCCGCUGGGUGGGGCAGCCCCCUGGGCUCACCGAGCCAUUAGCUGGACUGGAACUGGAGGACGAAUGUGCUGGCUGUACAGACGGCACCUUCAAGGGCAUGCGCUACUUCACCUGUGCGCCAAAGAAAGCUCUGUUCGUCAAACUGAAGAGCUGCAGGCCAGACUCCAGAUUCCCAUCUCCACACCACUCCUCCAACCAGAUUGAGCGCUGCAAUUCAAUAGCAUUCGGGGGCUACCUGAGUGAGGUGGUGGAGCAGAACACCGCUCCCAAAAUGGACAUGGAGGGGCUGGAGGUCAUGGUGGGGAAGAAGAAAGGAAUCCAGGGGCAUUACAACUCUUGUUACCUGGACUCCACUUUAUUCUGCCUGUUUUCCUUCAGCUCCGUCCUCGACACAGUGCUGCUGAGACCGAGAGGUAGAAGUGACGUGGAGUACUAUAGAGAGACUCAGGAUCUGCUGCGGACCGAGAUUGUGAACCCUCUGCGCAUAUUUGGAUACGUGUGCGCUACGAAAAUAAUGAAACUUCGGAGAAUACUUGAGAAAGUUGAAGCUGCUUCUGGAUUCACCUCCGAGGAGAAAGAUCCAGAAGAAUUUCUGAACAUACUCUUCCAUCAUAUUUUACGAGUGGAUCCAUUGCUGAAAGUUCGGUCAAUGGGACAGAAAGUCCAAGAUUGUUACUGUUACCAAAUCUUCAUGGAUAAAAAUGAAAAGGUUGGCGUCCCAACUAGCCAGCAGUUGCUGGAGUGGUCCUUUAUUAACAGUGACUUGAAGUUUGCAGAGGCUCCAUCCUGCCUUAUUAUCCAAAUGCCUCGGUUUGGAAAAGAUUUCAAGAUGUUCAACAAAAUCUUUCCUUCUCUGGAAGUGGACAUCACUGAUUUACUCGAAGACACUCCCAGGGAGUGCCGUAUCUGCGGUGGACUGGCCCUGUACGAAUGCAGGGAGUGCUACGAGGAUGCAGAUAUCGCAGCUGGGAAAAUCAAGCAGUUCUGUGAAAAAUGCAACACACAAGUGCAUCUCCACCACAGGAGAAAAGGGCACCAGUUGGGCAAGCUGUCCCUCCCGAAGGAGCUGGCGGACUGUGCCUGGAGGCAGGGCAGAUUCCCCAGGCAGAGGAUGGAGCUCUUCGCGGUGCUCUGUAUAGAGACCAGUCACUACGUGGCGUUCGUCAAGUACGGCCCGGGGGAAGCGGCCUGGCUCUUCUUUGACAGCAUGGCAGACCGGGACGGAGGACAGAAUGGCUUCAAUAUCCCGCAGGUCACGCCCUGUCCAGAGGUCGGCGCAUACCUCAAGAUGACCCCUGAAGAGCUCCACGCGCUGGACCCCAAGAGUAUUCAAGGCUUUGCACGGAGACUGCUGUGUGACGCGUACAUGUACAUGUACCAGAGUCCGACCAUGAGUUUAUACAAGUGAAAUGAUUGGACCUGAUCAUGAGGAGUGCUAAACCAAGCAGUCUUGAGUUGUUCUGUUGACACGUUUUUUCCACUGCGAGUCUGUCCUACUCCAUUCCACAUAAUGGAUGGACAAAGGGAACUUGCUUACACAUUUCUGAAGAGUAUAGUAGUACAUGCAUGAAAGCAUCAAUGAGCAGCUUUUAUUGCUUAAUUAUGUUGCUCAGGCACAUAUAUAAUAUAGUGUGUGGCAAUGACAAAGGUAAUAAAGACUUCCACUAAACUACUUGAAGGAAGAUUUAAAAAAAGGGUUCUUUUACCAUGUCCUGUCUCUCGCAAGAUCAGUAAUCGAUGUAGGUGGGUUAAACUACAAGGUAACCCUGCACCCUUUAUUUAACGAUGUUUGCCGCUGCAUUUUUUUAUUUACUUCUCUUGAGUUGUGUUCAGAUGCUGUAUGCUCAGUGCCACUUAAGUACUAAAAGAAGAUACUCUACAAAACGAGAACAUACUCUCAAAUCAAGAAAUGAUAGAAGUAUGUGAAAGUAAAUAAUGUUAAACUGAAUGAAUAGCUUUAACAUACACCAGGUCUGAGGUCAGAUGGCAGAGGAACUGGAGCCAGCAUUUUGUACGAUAGAUUACAUGAUUGUCCAAUUCUAAAAGCAUUUAUUGGGCACCUUUAUAUUGGAUGGGUCAGAAGUCAUGCACCACAGUGUGGUUUAGCUGGUGUAAAAUGUUUCUGUAUUGAUCACCGUUUGUCUAAGAUUAUUAAGACAGGUUUUGGCAUGACUUUUAGUAUAAAUGACAUUUCGCCCCUGCGCAAAUGGAGUGCUUUCUUUCACAUUUUUAUAUUUCUGUCUUGUAAGUGAUGAUAUAUCUUCAGGUGUAUGGGAUGACAGAACAGUAACACUGACAGAUGCACCUGGUUUUUUGUCAUUUCUUAUUAAGGUCUCUUCAUAUCCUUUCAGUGAGUGACCCUAGCUAAACUUAAUAUGUGAUAUUUCAGUUUUUUGGGUUUUUUUUUUUUUUUGCGUUGCCCAGGGGGCAUUGAUUUGGAUGCAGUGUAAGACGAUUGGGUUGCUUUCUGUUUUUCUAAACUAACACAGUCUGCUUGAGCAACAUUGGUUUUUAGCAACAGGUUUGUGUGUGCGACUUGUCAAAAACGAUCAGUUGUGCACCUGCUUUGCCCGCUUUUAGUCUGUUCUGAACACUGAAAAGCAAAGGCACUUGGCUUGAAAUUGAAUUCGAUAAAUAACCUAGCCCAGUGAUAGAUAGAUAGAUAGAUCUGCACUGUAGUGCCAAGAAUGAAAAUGCCUGUAGACAAUGAUUUGGCUAUUGCAGCAUUCAGUAUGGAUCAAGGACCCAGUUAAGAUGCUACUUUAACAAGAAUGGAAUAUUGAUGCAGUGAGAGCAGAAAGUAGGCAGCUUCAUUAAUGUACAUAAAAAGCAAACGACCUUGAUGAACAGAAUGAGAAAAUAGGUAAAACCAAGACUUGCCCAUUUCAAAAUAGAAACUUUAAAAUAAACGGCAACACAUUUUAGCUUACCUUUAGUAAUGCAUCUUCAGAUACAAGACCCGCUGAAAGGCCGUGACCUGUGGUUUAAAAAUAGAAAAGAAGCCUUGUUAAAAGUACUCUGCAUAACAGACUAUAUAACUUAAGCAGUAAGUAAAUGCUUUUUAAACCAGAGAUGUGCUUAACUCAUAAAUAUUACCAGCUCUUGGUCAAGAACACUCCAUUCAGAGCUGCUCUGAAUUGGUGUUCCUGCUGCCUGUAAUGUGCUGUCAUUGUGUUAACCAAUUGUGCAAAUGAUUGUGUGGCAUUUUCUCCAUCUGUAAAUAUGAAAUGUCUUGGGUUAUCCAGAAGCAGCCUUAAUGCAUUUGAAAGGGAAACAGAAGAGUGUUUCCUGUGUAUCUGUAAAGAAUGUAUAUUGUUUACUGUAUGUAACUCUUGUGUUACUCAGAGGUGUUUUCUUUGAUGUUCACUUAAUAAUGAAUUAAAUACUGUUUUUGGAGGAAGAUCGGAGAGAGAGGACUGUCCUAGAAUACUUGACAGGAUGAAUGUCCUUUAUUCAGUAAACCAGACAGACUUGACUUUUUGUCCACAACUUAUAGGGUCAAGGUCAGACCUUGGUGAAAAAUGCAGACUUGCUUACAACAGUUUGUACAAGUCUCCUGGAACAGAUAGCAAACUGUCCCAAGGCAGCAGUCGUACCUCUUAAACGACACAGAGAAUCUUUAAGAGGAACCAAACGCAGAAGUUGAAUGGGCUACGCAACUGUGCAUUCGUUUUUCAUGUUUUGUGGAUGUGAGGUUGGAUUUGACAUGCUAUUUCAGUGUGUACUUUGAGAAUACCACACUACAUUAUUUGAUUAAUAAUAAAACCUAUCCCUUAAUCACAGAUCCAGCCAACCUGCAAAAGGAGUUCAGCCUGUGAACUUUCAUACACCAAGAAGCUGUGUACAUCCAUCACGUUCAUAGUGUGGGAGGUAUUUUCUUGGCUUUUAUACUGAAAAACAGAGAGCUGGGUCACAAAGUGCUGUUUUUUGUUUUUUAAUUAGCUUUUUGUAUGAUUGUUAUUGACUCCUGUGCUGGAUGAGUAAGCCCACUUGUUCACAAUGAGCAGCUCUCAUUCUUGCAGGUCUGCUGGUAUUCAAGUUCUAAUGCUCCCCUGAUGCUUUGCCUUGUGACCGUACUGUCUAUUCAAACUGGACUACUACAAAGAGGUUUGCCUUGAACACAUCACACUGUUUAAAAACUAGACUGUGGUUGUGACUGAGUGCUGCAGUGGGAACUAGUCAGCUUUGUGAAAGGGCCCUGUUUAGUACAGUAGCUGCGUACCGCAGAGCUAACAAAAAACAACGGGAUAUGUGCAAAAUGAAAUUAUAAAGUUGUGCUGAAAAUGUUUUUGACUGGAGAUUAUAUAUCUCAAAAUAGGCUAUUCUUAAUAAAUGUAUUUAUUAAACACAA